AAGGGAUUACGCAUUUAGUGAUCUCUGUUGGAGGCAGCCGGGACCAGUGAAUCGCACAAACAGGAUACCUUUUAAUGGCAUCCUGGAACCAUUCCUACAGAAGAGCUGCGUUUUACGAGCUAGAAGACGUAUGGAGAAAUGAUGGGACAGUCUCAGCGCAUCUAGUGCCUAACAUGUUAUGAAUCUGCGUACAAACUAUAUCGGAAGAUGGGAUGCAGCACUGGCAAGAUUAUGAUCUGCAGCGCUGGUGAAUAAAGGAUUACCGACACACACAACAACCCCCUUCUUUCCUAUCGCUGUUUGACCAUGGGAGCUGGAGAGGAAAUGCAUGCACGGACAGUAAAAAUGAGCACCCCGGGGGUGCUGGCUGUGGUGACAGUGUUUUCUAUGAUUCCCGGCGGGUUACUGAGUGAUAUAAGAGAUACUCAGGGUCUGGAAGCCCAACAGCUGGCCCGGGGGUCCACUGUUCUGCACCAUCGCCAAAAGAGGGGCUGGAUUUGGAAGCAGCUGUUUGUCCAGGAGGAAGAUCCGACUUCUCAAAUUAUUGGCCAGGUCAAAUCUGACUCUGAUCGAGGCAGUUUUACUAUCAAGUACGUAUUAUCAGGAGAAGGUGCUGGAGACGUGUUCAAGAUAGACGAGAAUUCUGGAGAGAUCUGGACUCUGAAGAAGCUGGACCGCGAGAAAAAGGCCUUCUAUGUCCUUCAGGCCCAGGCUAUAAACACACGGACCGAGGAGCCAGUGGAGCCCCAGUCUGAGUUCAUAAUCAAAGUGCAGGACAUCAACGACAACGCUCCGCAGUUCCUGAACGAACCGUAUGUCUCCAGCAUUCCUGAGAUGAGUCCAGUAGGGACCACGGUGGCCCAGGUGACAGCCACAGAUGCGGAUGAUCCCAUGUUUGGCAACAACGCCAAGCUGAUCUACUCCAUCCUGCAGGGGGAGCCCUACUUCUCUGUGCAGCCAAAGACGGGAAUCGUUGUGACGUCAUGGGCUGAUAUGAACCGUGAAGCCAGGGAGGAGUACCUGGUGGUGGUGCAGGUGAAGGACAUGCUGGGCCUCAGCGGCGGCUACUCCUCCACCACCACGGUUACCGUUACUCUGACCGACGUGAACGACAACGGGCCCACGUUUCAGCAACAUGUGUACACCUUUGCUUUGCCUGAGAAUGCAGCCAUUGGGACCACAGUGGGUAGAAUCAUGGCAGAAGAUGGAGACAUUGGCACUAACGCCAAAAUGACAUACCGCUUGGAAGAUGACCUGAACGAAAGCUCCACUUUUAUCAUUGAAACAGACCCAGUGACACAGGAAGGAGUGAUCCUUCUGGCCAUGCCUUUGGACUAUGAAUCCAAGAGACGCUACACGAUGGUGGCAGAGGCAGCUAACAACCACCCAGACACUCGGUUUUUGCCUCUGGAUGAGUUCAGCGACAGGACGACGCUGAAGAUUUUUGUGGAGGAUGUCGACGAGCCGCCUGUCUUCCUCUCGGCUCUCUACGAGUGGAAGAUUCCCGAGAAUGCAGCAGUGGGAACAGUGGUUGGCACCGUUAGCGCCAGAGACACUGACACAGUCAACAAUCCCAUCAGAUACUCAAUCGACAAGAAGACCGAUGCCACCAACGCUUUCAAAAUAGACCCAAACAAUGGAACCAUCGCUAUCGCUAAGGCUUUGGAUCGAGAAACUGCAGACUGGCACAACAUGAGCGUUGAAGCCAAGGAAACCAUGCAAACCCGUUUAUCCUCCUCCGUGGCGGUGUUCAUCACCGUGCUGGACGUAAACGACAACGUGCCAAGGCUUGCGAGGGAUUACCAGCCGUAUAUCUGCGAGGGCACGCAAGCAGGAGAACUCAUUCAUCUUCUCAGUGCUGUCGACCCGGACAAGGCUGUGGAGGAGCACCACUUCUACUACUCCAUGGUUCCCCAGGAGCGCAUCAAUCCGAACUUCACCAUCAGAGAUAAUCAAGAUAACACGGCGGGCAUUGUGGCGCGCAGGAGCACUUUCACACGUAAAGACCAGACUCGGUACCUGCUUCCUGUGGUGGUGACCGACAGCGGCACCCCGGCCCUCUCCAGCACCACCACGCUGACCAUCGGCGUCUGCAGCUGCCUCCCGGCUGGACAUUGUCCCACCGCCGGGGUCGAGGCUCUCGCUCUCUCCGGGGUCAGCAUGCAGACCUUAGUAGGGAUUUUAGUCUGCCUGGUCACUCUCACUGCGCUGUCGGUUCUAAUGCUGAUCGUGAGGAGGCACAGGCGUAAGCAACAGGAGGGGACGGAUGUGGAGGUGAAGGAGUUGGAGCUGCCCGACACCUUUUCCCAGAAGGUGCUUUACUACGGAGAGAGGGGAGCCGGCCUGGACUUCUGCCAGCCUCCCGUCCCGCUGCGACCCCAUCCGAGGAGGAGGGACAGGAAGCUGCGGAGGGAGGAAGUCAGGGCCAGCAUACGGAUGUCGCUCCGAGAGUCACACCUCAUUGGGCCGGAGGACGAGGUAUUCAGGCAGUUUAUCCUGGACAGACUGGCAGAAGCCGAUCAGGAUCCUUACGUCCCACCAUUUGAUUGCCUUCGGACUUACGCGUACGAGGGGUCAGGGUCGUCCUCAGGGUCUUUGAGCUCAUUGGACUCCUGUUUGGAAUUUGAACCUGAGAAACCUGUGUGUAACUCCAAGCCUUAUGCAGUAAGACUCACCCCUUGGUACGGAGGAGCAGAGGAGGAUACAUUCUUCUAAAGAACGCCUUCUCCCCCUCCCCCUCCCCAACCUUUUAUAUAUUGAUAAUAAUUGUUAAAGGGUAAAAAGACCAGGACAUUUUCUGUCCAGUAAGCUUUAAUCAAACAGACAUCGGUGAUUUCUCAUAGGCAUAUUCACACUCAUUGAAUAUUUUUCACAUUUUAUUAGGACUUAAUCUGUUGGGUUAGCACAAAGUAAUUCAGCAUUCGAUUUUGAAGAUGAUAGAAAAUGAUUCGUGACUUUCAAAUGUUUUAUUUUUUAUUGAGUAAAGGUGAACACAAACGUUUGACCCGCAUUUGAGGUUUUUAUUUAAAAGAAAUUGCAAGCCGUGUUCCUGAUGCCCUGCGUUGCUUUGCUACAUAAAAUCUGAAUAAAACCUAAAGAAAAUAUAUUGUGCUUGUAAAAUGUGACAAAAAUAUAUAUAUAUAAAUAAUGUAGGGUAAAUAUUUGUACCAAUAUUUCUUGUAUUUUUUUUGUUGUUGUUAGAUUUCAGGCUCACUUCUUCUCCCUGAUGUUAGGGCUUUUAAGGCUGCAGGCUUUGACAUAUUUUUUUCAUCUUGACAGUUUGCACAAUGACAAAGUGUACUUUUUAAAAUGUCAAACCAUUGCUGUGAAGAUAAUAUCAAGCCUUAUAUAAAAACAGCUACUGCUGGGAAGCUUCACAUAUCCAAUCCAUUUUGGCAGCUGUAUUUCUGUUGCUUUCUAAAACCAUACAUACUGCUUAACUCUCCUCUAUGUUCUUCACUUCUUUUAAAUGCUAUAUUUAUUACUUAGUACAGAAUUUCAGCCUGUUUGACUGGGAUUGUGCACCAUUUAGUGGGAAACAUUAUUCCAAUGAGAUCAUGUAAAAGGGGAUUAGAGGAACUAAAAAGCUUGCUCUUAUAUUCUUUAUCACUUCUUAUAGAUUUUUUCCCCACUUCCUGUAACAUGAAAUAGCCUUUCGGGACUUGAAUAAAGCUGGAUCUGAACAAAGCUCUCAAAUUAUAAUGAUAUUAUAAUAAUCAGUGGUUUAGUCCACAAUGUGCUUCUGUUUUACCCUUUUCCAAUUUAUAUUCCAAGUUUUCCCCCUUUUCUCCAUCUUCUCCUCUCCACUCUCAUUUCAAACUACUUUCUUCUUCUAUUGUUCAUCAGUUUAUUUAUCUUUUUAGGAGGUACUUAAACUUCACAUUCACAGCAGAUCACAAAAUCGUGCAAAUUUAAUCCAAAUACAAUAUGAUAUUUAUCCCAUAAGCUAAAAAAAAGCAGCUGGUUGAAUUGAAAAUUUAGAAAAUGAGUUAGUAAAAGUUUGAUAGAUUAGUCUGCACAGACAUAAACUAAUGUUUUAUACAGAAAUUUCAUGACAUUUUAUCCUUUUUGUCCUUCAGCAAAAGCCACGGAGCUGUACAGAUGUCCAUUAUACAUCUAAAUGUACAUUGAAACCUACCAACGUUUUAUUAAAUUCAGCUUUAUUUUAGUCUUAGCUCCUAAAGUAUUAGUAAGACUAAAAUGAAGCUAUGUAAAGAUAGUUCAUAUAGUUUGUUUGCUGCGUCUGAAACUUAAAAGAAGCUCACUUUUUCACUUUUUUUUGUAGUUUUACCUGAGAUGUUUCUUUGUAGGCCCUGUGCUCUGUAACCUUACAGCUGUAGAUCACAACUGUGUCCUAGCAACAGAAGCAUUCCUGAAGGAAGUAGUUAACCAAUCGCCUCUUACACACCAGACAGAGGUCUGAUAAGGACGCCAGCGUUAAACCAUAAACACUUUUCAGUUAGAAACAGAUCAGAAUAGUUACUUACAAUCACAUAGUCCAGCUUAUCUAGCUCUGCUUUCCACCAACUCUUGGGACCAAUUUUAAUGUUGCUUAUCUUGUUAUCUUUAAGCUAUAAGUUUGUAGCUUUUUUUCCCCCUGACUUUGUUCUUUGUUGCACUGAGCAGGAAGUGCAUAUUAGCUUUACUGCACACGAUCUGCUGGGACUGAACAGUCUGUUGAGAACAGUCUGUAGUGGUUUUUUAUAAGAUGAAUAAAACAUAAUGUCACUAACACUUUUAUUUUCUUCAUCUCCUUAUGACAUUGCACUUUCAUUAUUGCUAAAAGGUAUGACUAAGUAAUUUAUAACAACUCAUUUUUCAUUUCUUACACCUAAAGUAAUUAGAAUAUCACAGAAAUGUCAAUUUAUUUAAGAGCGACUAGAUUGACUACAUUCAAACUUUGGUACCUUUCAAACAUUUAUUUCUUUUCAUUUAUAUUUUAUGACUUACAACUAAUUUAGAAAAAAAUCCCAAAAUUUAGUUUCUCAUAAAAUUGCAAUAUCAUACAAGGUAUUUUAACAUGUUUUUAUAACAGAAUUGUAGGUUUACUGUAAAGUAUGUUCAUGUAAUGUACAUUAUAUGUUCCUGUACCUUUUGCAGGAACUGCUGCAUCAGUGGAGGCGAUCCUGUGGUUUUGCUGAAGUGUUAAGGAAGCUUUUCUAGUGACCUCUUCCUUUUGACCGUAACCUGUGUUUUCUUUAUGUGGUUUAGGCCAGGCCACGUUUCCUGCCUAAUCAAUCACAGUGAUAAGUGGUUAUUAAAGCAGCCAUUGGUACUUUUGGCUAUGUGGGCAGGUGCAAAGUCCUGCUGGAAAAUGAAAGCAACAAAGACACAAAGCUUGUCUGCAGAAGGAUCACACAUGUAUUGACAGACGGCUCUUAAAACUGGAUAAAAUUCGUUAGGGUUGACCAACUCCAGCAUGACAUAGAUCCUGAAUAAGCACUGACUGUGGAAACUUUCCAUCAAACCUCAAGUUACUUGAAUUCUGUACUUCUCCACUUUUCCUAUGGACUCUGCGAUCUUGACUGCAGAAUGUCUUUUUUCUCCCUAGUUGAGGUAAGAUACUUCUUCCUCUAUCUGUGAUUUAGGAUAAGUCUAAUACAAGGGAUGUGAAACUGAAACCAAUGUCCAGCAUCCAUGUGUGUGGCGGCUCUUGAAGGACAGACUCUAGCCACAAUCCACACCUUGUGAAUAUUUCCUUAAUGAGCUUCACAUUACGUUAUAUCUGUUCCCUUCUGCUCAAUUAGCCUUAAGCUGGGAUACAGUCCUCUGUUAAAAGUCAGCUUCUUUACCAACGAGCUUUUAUAGUUUUAUCAGACGAUUGUUGUGAAACUUCGGCUGCAGGUAAAUGCAACACUUUUACGUUUGUGUUAUUUUCACUCGAUCACUCUCGUAUACUUUUGUUGGCUUUCUGGUUUUCCUAAGUUUCGUAAAACAUUUGGACAUUUUCACUCUUUCAACCGAGUCAUGUCUCAAAACGUGUUGCAUUUCUUUCCUUUCGGUACAUACAGCAAAUAUCAAAUCCUCCACAUGCAUAAUGCUGUGUGAUGUGCCAAUCUGAGAGCCCAUCAAGCCACUCAUUUUGAACAGCCAGCAAUCAAAAGGGCAGAGAGGCGACUUAUUUUAUAACUCCUUGCAAAUUAAGGUUGAGAGAGAGAGAUUUGAGAUGUAUGAAGGAACUGCUGGGAACCAACUAUAGUAAGAAAGCUAUAUAGAAUAACGCCGGAUCUGUUUUUUUCCCCUCUUUCUUCAUGGUCAUUAGACAAACACCACAUGCAGCUGUGUAGGCGGUUGCUCGUGGGAUGACUCGAGGUAAUUGCGUGGUGAUCAGGGCCAGCCCUCUUCACCUGCCCAUACGCUAAUUGGGUGGUUUGCUGGCUGUGAAGGUCAGGGAUUGAACCAGAGAGAAUAUAGUUCCCACUGAAGGAAUAUAUAAAAAAAACAAUCAUGCACAAGUCUGUUUUGAAGAAAGAACAUGAAAUAAGGAAGAAAGAGGCAAUGGAAACAACUAAUUGCAAGGAUUUAUUCAGCGUUUCCCUCUGUGGUUUCUUGUAUGAGUAGGUGCAGCACUCAGCAGGACAAUUUCCAGACAUCCUCCGAACUCAAAGUGGGCUUCAAAUAGCUUCCACUGUUGGAAACAAUCUAACCGGCCAGUGCUUUUUAGACUAAAUCAUCACCUCACAAUAGCUUCUAAAGGCCUUUUAAAAGUCUUUUCAAACCAAUCUUCACCAUCUAACAUGCAUUGGACUUGCCUGUAAAAGCGCAGUUAUAAUUUCCUUUUCAAUUGUACCUUGAUGUCGAAAGGGGUUCGGCUACUGGUGUCAUUUAACCUUCUGAAUUUCUGCCAUUAUCCACGGUGAAUAUUACGGGUAAUUUAACCUAACAGCCCUUUUCUUUGUGUAAUUAUACCCAUUACGGCAACGUGAAGAAUUUCACUCUGUCAACUGUCUCUGUCUUUGCACAGGUUUGAUAUUCAGCUCCCCUUUUCCAAACCCAGAGCCGAACUCAUCACGCAGCGCCACAAUGCACACUGGAGGGUCUUUAAGAGGGACUCUCAUUAGGCAGACAGUGAGAUGAUUGAAAAGAUGCCUGAAAGGAUUUGGAGAGCCAUUCCUUCUUUCAUUAGUUGCAUGUAUGCCUUAAGCUUCUGAAGUGGGAGCAAAUGAUUCACAUUCAGUUUGGUGAUGUGAACAUAAUUAUAACAUAUAAGGAUUCAAAUCUGAGGAAAAAUGUUGAGUUUUACAACACUGGUUGUGUUAACUAUUACUGUAUGGAUCAAGAUGGGUGCUGGAUCUGUAGGUUAUAUGUAUUUUGUUUUGUUUCUCUCUAAAAAAAAAAGAUUUGUGAAAAUAUUAGAGAUCUUGGGAGUUUUCAGCAAUAACUCCACAAGAAGCAGCUCACAGACAAGUUCAUUGUUCAGAUUAAAAACGACAAGUUCACCAGCAUAUUUGCACGUCUGGCCCAAAAUGAGCUCAACUGAGCAAAUAAAGCCUCAGCACUGAAACAGUUUGCAGUUUGCACACAUUUACAUGAGGAACUGCGUGAGUUUUUGGAGAAAGUCUGCCCGUAUUUCUGUACUUUUAUGUCAAACGCAGCCAAAUAGUGACCAGCACCAUUGAGAAUUUACUUUUGUGUUCUCAUGAUCGCUCUAAAUUAUCCUGAAAUUUACUUGCCUUAGUUUUACAAAUGCUGUGUCAUUCACCCAGUGGAAUCGAUUAGUAGUUUUUGUUGUUGUUGUUGCUGCUCUAACUAACAGAUGCAACUCGUUCACAGUACUCGGUCCUGAUGAGAAUAGAGAGCCUCCAACCUUUUAAUAGCACUGAACAGGAUGAAGAGCAGAAAGCAAGUGGCCGGGUCUAUCUGAGACUAAGUAGAUGUAUGAAUAUGUAUUAAGGUGUGAGUUCUAUUUAUUAAAUUAACAUAGAGAUGUCAGGCACGACCAAAGCAAGGCGUGAUGAUGAGUAUGAAUAAACAUAAGAGUCAUCAGCAGUGAACAACUUCCAGCCUCUACUGUAAUAUAAGUGACACCAGCAGGAAUCCUCCAUGUAUCCUACAAGGCUUCACAUUUAAUCAGAUUGUUUACUCUCAGCAUGUGUGAGAGAGUUUGAUCUCACAGUAACAAAAAUGAAUAAAUAAAAGUCAUUAAAUUA